UCCCCGCCCGCCUCGCCCCCAGCGCAGCGCAGCGCUCUCUGCGUGCAGCAGCCCCGCACCGCAGGCAGCCGCCGCCGCCCCGGGACCCGGCGCCAUGGCUUCUGGAGUAACAGUGAAUGAUGAAGUCAUAAAGGUUUUUAAUGACAUGAAAGUAAGGAAAUCUUCAACCCCUGAAGAGAUUAAAAAAAGAAAGAAAGCUGUUCUCUUCUGCUUAAGUGAUGACAAAAAACAAAUAAUUGUAGAGGAGGCAAAGCAGAUAUUGGUUGGUGACAUUGGUGAUACUGUGGAGGACCCCUACACAGCCUUUGUGAAGUUGCUACCUUUGAAUGAUUGCCGAUACGCUUUGUACGAUGCCACAUACGAGACAAAGGAAUCUAAGAAAGAAGACCUGGUAUUUAUAUUCUGGGCUCCUGAAAGUGCACCUUUAAAAAGCAAGAUGAUCUACGCAAGCUCUAAAGAUGCCAUUAAAAAGAAAUUUACAGGUAUUAAACAUGAGUGGCAAGUAAAUGGUUUGGAUGAUAUUAAGGACCGUUCAACACUUGGAGAGAAAUUGGGAGGCAACGUGGUAGUUUCACUUGAAGGAAAACCCUUAUAAAAAGACAGACAAGUGCCAUCUGGAUCUAAGGAGCUUCCAUUUCUGCAGCUCGUUCAAUUGGAAUAGUAUUAGUCUCCCCAUCCCCUCCCCUCCUCAAAAAAUAAGCCCCUUCCCCACCGCCCUGAAGGAGAUGUCAUUGUUAAGCAGUCUACCAGUGAUUGCCAUUAGACUGUUUGAUCCUGGUAGUUUUAUGUAGGAUCCAAGGAAUGCUUUCACGUCAUACUCUUGGCCAAAACUGACGUUGCAGGCAUUCCUUGCAACAUGUUCAAUGAAUGUGAUAGUUAAUGUAAAUAGUCUAGCAGACAGCAAAGGGUAAGCUAAUCGAAUGCCUUGAAAGUAUUGUCCACUGGUCGGAUGGUAGACUCUCUACAGUAUUACUUACAGUUGCACUUGAUUGCAGUUCCAUGAGGCUCUUGUGCAUUCAUACACCUCACCUGCCUUGACAAGCCUAUUUUUGUGACAUGGCAGCACACAACACUAUGCAUUUAAAGCACUUUUUUGUAAUAUGUUUGACCCGCCCCCUCCCCAAGGAAUGCCAAUUAAGUUGCUGUAACUGUGUCAUCAAAUUAUUGUAGUACCUCAGUUUCAUUCCUGUUACAUGCAUAUCUUUAUAAAUGAAGUAGCUGUUACGAUGCCUUUCGUUUUCCAUUGAAUGUACACUACUGAACAGGAGUAGAAGUUAUCUGUUUACCAUGAGUCUUGAAACACUAAAGUUUUGUGAAACAUCAGUCAUGGUGGCAAUUUCUGUAUUAAAAAGAGCCUUAAAUGGAACAUUGUUCUUUGAGAUCAAAAACUGGCCACGUUGCAAUAAAACUUGUGGCUUAUUACAGAA